AUGUCACAAAGCCAGGAAAAGGAAGGGAAAUGUUCUGAAGGGAAAUUCCGGAGCUCGUCAGCCGAGCGGGCGGAGCCAAGGCCGGUCCGUGCCCGCACGGAGUCGCAGCGGCAGCGGGAGGUGGGCAAGAGGCGGCUGCCCACGGAAGGAGCCGCGAUCGGACACCAGAUGCCGCUGUUGGCCGCGAAGGAGCCCGUGGAGGUGAGCGGGGCGAGCGGGGCGCUGGUGGUGAGCUCGCGGCUGGACCGGGAGGAGCUGUGCGGGAAGAGCGCGCCGUGCUUGCUGCGGCUGGAGGUGCUGGUGGAGCGUCCGCUGCGCGUCUUCCACGUGGAGCUGGAGGUCACGGACAUCAACGACAAUGCCCCCAUCUUCCGUGUGAACGAAGAAGCCCUUAACAUCCCGGAAUCGUCUUCGGUGGGGUCUCGUUUCCCACUGGAGGGCGCAUCGGAUGCAGAUAUCGGAGCGAACGCUCAGCUCUCCUAUACACUCAGCCCCAGCGAGCACUUCAGUCUUGAUACUCGGGGAAAUAAUGACGAGGGUGCGUCUUUGGGUCUUAUUCUAACGAAAUCUCUGGACCGCGAGACGAUGUCGGUGCACCGAUUGGUGCUGACGGCGAGUGACGGGGGCCGGCCGUCGCUGACAGGAACGAUGGAAUUGGUGAUCUCGGUGCUGGACGCGAACGACAACGCACCGCAGUUCAACCAGUCUGUUUAUAAAGUUAAAGUCUUGGAGGGCUCAGAGCUCGGAACUCUCUUAAUCACGCUUAAUACCACCGAUCCAGACGAAGGGACCAAUAGUGAUAUUAUAUACCUAUUUGGUAGGCAUGUCACUACAGAAGUUAAAGAAAUGUUCACUAUCGAUGAAAUCAAAGGAGAAAUCAGGCUUCAAGGCAAGUUAGACUAUGAAGAAAUGGAUAGUUACGAGAUCCCCGUAGAAGCAAGAGACAAAGGCUCCCCCGCGUUGUCGGGUCACUGCAAGGUGGUAUUGGAAGUGCUAGACGCGAACGACAACGCGCCGGAGGUGUUGGUGACAUCGCUGUCGGUGCCAGUGCCCGAGGACGCGUCGGUGGGGACGGUGGUGGCUGUGCUGAGCGUGUCGGACCGGGACUCGGGGGCGAACGGUCGUGUGCGGUGCUGGGUGUGGCCGUCGGGUCCGUUCGGUCUGGAGGCGACGUUCUCGGGGUCGUACUCGCUGGUGCUGCGGGAGGCGCUGGACCGGGAG